AUGCAGCAAAUCGAGAUUACCAUUUAUGACAAGAUCAGAAACCCACUGGGCGCUGCUGGGCCAGAGGACUUUGAGGUCACCAUCGAGAUCAUACAGGCGCAGUCUCAGGAGGAUGAUCUCUCAAGCGAACAUACGGAGCCCGAGGAGGAUGAUUCCGCGAGUGAUCAGGAGGGCCCCAGAAGAAAUUGUGACAAGGGCAAUUGUCUGCCAAAUGCCCUCUUACAACCCUUCAUUGGCUAA